GACGAAAUGCUCGCAAGAAACCAACACCAGCUGCUCAGCACCACAAGUGUGCUAGCUUGUGAGGAGGCAAUGGCGACGGUUGAGGUCUUGACGUCGGAGGUGGUCGUCCCGGCCGAGGAGACGCCGGCGGGAGGCAUCUGGCUGUCCAACCUGGACCUCGCCGCGCGCCGCGGGUACACGCCCACGGUCUACUUCUACCGGCCCAACGGUGAGCCGGGCUUCUUCGCGGCCGACGCCGUCAAGGACAGCCUCGCCAGGGCGCUGGUCGUGUUCUACCCGCUCGCCGGCCGCCUCGGGCUAGACGGCGACGGGCGCGUCCAGGUCGACUGCACCGGCGAGGGUGUGGUCUUCGUGACCGCGCGGUCGGACUACGUGCUCGACGACCUGAUGAGCGAGUUCGUGCCGUGCCGCGAGAUGCGCGACCUGUUCGUGCCCUCGACGCCCGAACCGAACCCGCCGUGCGCGCUGCUGUUCCUGCAGGUCACGUACCUACGGUGCGGCGGCGUCGUGCUCGGCCAGGCGAUGCACCACUCUGUCGUCGACGCGCGGGGAGCCUCGCAUUUCUUCGAGACGUGGGCGAGCAUUGCCCGUGGGGCCACCCUGAACGCGCCGGUGCCGCCGUGCUUCGACUACAAGCUGCUCGCCGCGCGCUCGACGAGCACUGUACUGUACGACCACACGGAGUACAAGCCCGAGCCCGGGCCGGUGGACGCCGUCGCCGCGUCCACGUACGCGAGCGCCAUCAUCACCAUGACCAAGGGCCAGGUGAGCGCGCUGAAGGCACGGUGCGUGGGGGCGUCCACGUUCCGCGCCGUAGUCGCGCUCGUGUGGCAGUGCGCGUGCCGCGCGCGGGCGCUACCUCCCGAGGCGGAGACGCGGCUCUACUCCAUGAUCGACAUGCGCGCGCGCCUUGACCCGCCGCUCCCGCCGGGCUACUUCGGCAACGCGGUGAUCCGCACGUCGGUCUCCGCCACGGCCGGGGAGAUUAUGUUCAACUCAGUCGGCUACGCCGCGCGCCGGGCGCUCGCAGUGACGAGCCAGGGCGAGGACUACGCGCGGUCCCUGGUGGACUACCUGGAGGGAGUUGACGCCAUGAACCUGCCGAGGAGUGGCAUAUCGCGGGCGCAUCUCCGCGCCAUCAGCUGGAUGGGCAUGCCGCUGUACAAGGCCGACUUCGGGUGGGGCACGCCGGCGUUCAUGGGGCCGGCGCUCAUGUAUUACAGCGGCUUCGUCUACGUGAUGAACGUGCCGGAGAAGGACGGCGCCCUCGCGCUCGUGCUGUCGCUGGAGCCGGAGAGCAUGCCGGAUUUCAGGAAGGUGUUCGGCGAGGAGCUCGCGCGCCUGGAGGUGGUGUAGUCCAUUGCUCCAGCGCUACGGCCUACGUACACAGUUGCAAGACAGCAUGAGUGCAACGUGGCUAUAGAUGUGCGUGUGGAAUGUGGAUUGUGGUUGGCUCAUGGCAGGUCUCCAAGCAAAAUCGAAAAAUAAAUAAUAUAUGCUAUCGUAUUUAUUAAAAUAAAUAAUAUAUUGACAUAUUUGUAAAUUAAGUAUCUAUAUUCGGCACUUCAAACACUGAAAAAUCGAUUUCGAUAUC